AUGAACAACAACAUAAACAACAUCGUGAUCGACGCAAGCAGCGGAGAUGUUGCAGUCAAAUCUAUGAUCAAGAACAUCAUGCCGAACCUAAGCGAAAGCGGCAUUCUCAAAACAGUGCACCGCGUCCUCGGAGAUUGCAACGGCCCAAAAAUGUCCACGCGUCUGAUGAAUGGGCGGCUUGCGUGUGCCGCGACGCUCGAGCUGUGCUUUGAGAUUCUCGAUACAAUGACCGGGCCUCCGUGGCGCAAAUGGCGUUCGGAGUCGGGGAAUGCGUUCAAAGGGGCGCUGCGCGAGCGUGUUGAGAGCGUUCGGUCCGCUAGCCAAACAGAACAACUCCAACUCCAGCCACCACCACAGCCACAGCCACCGCAGCAAGUCGGGAUAAAGACGGCCGUCCUACAGAACGCUCUCCGAUCCAUCAACAUACACGGCUCUGUGCGCAUCGACGAUGGAUUAGGGAAAGCGUCCAUCAUCGACACCGUGCGCCUGAUAUCCCCAACGGCCUCUCCCGAAUAUGCUGCACAGAUGUUCACACGCGUCCUUCAAAAGGAGCGGGGGGAUUGCGGAAACACUUCUGUGCGAGACGAACAGACGCCGACGCCCAUCGCCGACCGCGUUGACUACAUCAGGAUCAACGGUCGUGGGAAGGUCACCCCCGUAAGCGACGCCAAAACCAUCGUCGAGAUCAUUUGGCUGCUGCCCUCGGGCGCGGCCAAAGAAUUCAGGCGCCAGUCAGCCGAAACUAUCUGCCGUGUUUUGGGAGGAGAUAUCAGUCUUUGCGGAGAAAUUGAGCAGCGCUGCGCCCGCCUCCAGAGCACCGAGGAAGGCAGGGCUUACCAAUCCUUUAUGACUGACCAGGGUCCCGCCAAGAAGCAGCGAGCCGCCAUGCCAGCCCGGUUCGAAUAUGCGACGGCUGAGGAGAAGAGAGCCUACAUUUCGAUUGAGGCUACGACGAGCAAAGUCUUGGCCAAGAAAGCCUUGGUCCUGAGAUAUAUUGACGUGUUCGAGACAUGCAAGGAGAAGCUGAAGUCGGUUGGACAGUUCGACGAACGCGCUCAGAUUGAGUUUGCAGAUAGGAUCAAGGACGUCCAGCGGAGGGCGACGAGGGUCGACAACAUGAUUACCGCCGCGCCUGCUGUCGAUACUUCACCAGUUUCCGUGUGUGUGGCUAUGCCGGUAGACGACACCAUCGACACGGAGACGGGUCUGCUUAUUGAAACCCCGAAGUGUAGCCCGAGUGUUCGGGGCCCGGAGACGUCGAUUUGCGUCGAAGCUGGGAAAAUGGGCAUUGGUGUGGGCGAAAAAGCCGGUCAGGUCGGCAAGGUUGUUAAGCGGCUCACCACGUUUAGGGGGAAGCCCUUCAGUGAAAACACUUACUAUGCCCUUUUCGCGGUGCUGAAAGGCGUGCACCGCGUCUUGAAGGACUCCGGCGCCUCGGUGGACACGACCCUCAUCAACGGACGUUUCACCAAAACAGCCACGGUUGACCUUUGCUGCGAUAUUCUCGACAAUAUGAGUGGUGUGAAGUGGGACCAGUGGCGCCAGUCGUCGGGUCCGGCCUUCAAGCGUGCUCUGCGCGAGCGCGUCGCCAGCGUUGUCUCCUCCGGUCAAGUCGAGCAAGCUCACCCCCCGGUGCAGCAGGUGGAGGAACAGCAGGUGGAGGGAGUCGAGACGAAGGCAGUCGUCCUGCGCAAGGCGCUCAGGGCCAUGAACAUCGAAGGGUCGGUUCGGGUUGAUGAGCGGACGGGGAUGGUUUCCGGCAUCGACGUCAUCAAGAUGCUGUGCCCCGAGAAGAACGAUGACUACGCCAAAAUCGCCCUUGCCCGUAUUAUUGCUAGGGACGACCGCGAGCCAUCAAUCAAAUCCCGUGUGUCGUACAUCAAGAUUAACGGCUCCGGUCAUAAAUCACCUGUUACCGACUUCAAUACACUGGUGGAGAUAAUUUGGAUGUUGCCCGCCGGCGCCUCCCGAGAGUUUCGUCGUAAAUCUGCGGAAACUAUUUGCCGAGUGAUGGGGGGAGAUCUAUCUCUGUGCCGUCAGAUCGAGCAGAACGCGUUGGGGUGGAAUUGUGUCGACGGGGGGGAAGCCAUCCAACAGGCUUUGCUUAGGCCGGUGAAGAACAUUGAAGACUGUGUGACAGAGAGGGUGAGGGAAUGCGUCGUUAGAGACGCCCUCGCUUUUGUUGUCGGUGGAACAACCGAAGUUGAAACACCUUCGGGAUACAUCGAUGUUUUGAGCGAAACUGAAGUGAUCGAGGUGAAGUACUAUCGGAAUUGGAAGGAAGGGCUCGGACAGGUGCUCCCGUACCAGUCACACUACCCUCGUCUGUCCAGGCGCCUGCACCUUUUCGCACAUAGUGUGUGGUGA